AAGUACUCUUUUUCGAAGAAAUAUACGUCUCAAACAGUUUUUUUACGCGAUCUUUGUGCCAUCCACGUCUCUUUAGCCCCAACACGAGGUUUUAUUGAGGUUGUCAUCGUUUUGUUUCACGAGAAACGACAUGUUGAGAUCGAGAAUGUUUUUUUCUCGCUGUGACGCUUGUUGUUUUGAUGACCAGAAACCCACCGAGGGCACUUUUGUGUGAUAAAACAAGUUCUUUAAUUGGCGAAAAUGGCUUUACUUAACGCGAAAAUGUGGUUUAAAUGAUUUCGUGGGUUAUCGUGUCAUUCAUUUAGAACGGAACAGCGGUUGCGUCAUGCCUCAACUUGUUGACAUUCUUUUGUUUACAGCGUUAGACCCGAGAGGCUGUGGGUUCGAGCCGCGAGCGUUCUUCUGCUCUUUAAAAAGAAAGGACAAAGUAGGCCUGCCCUUUAACUCGUGUCCUUUGAACGUGGUGCCGUUUAAUCCAUUUAUUAGUUGCAUUACCAUUGCAUUCGGGGCUGUGAAGAAAAAAAAAACAUCAGCGCUUUUUACAACAGAUUGCGAAAAUAACAAAUAAGUACUUGUUGGUGAGCUAAUUCAUUCGAUGUUGACAGCAAAGCGUUUCUUUCAUAGUGUUGUCGCAUUUCUUGAAGAAACUCCACAUUUGAAAUGUGUAUAAAACUAUUUUGACACCAAUAUUAAUUCGUGAAGUUACAUCUGCAUUUUAACGUAUUUUAGUUUCUGUAUGACAUUUUUCAGGACCAGUUUUUAUGUAUUUAUCACUUUAGCUCAGCUGCGCAGUUAUGAAUGAAUGAGUGUUGGUGCGCAUGCGUCAAAUCUCAAAUUUAUAAACAAGGCCUCCGCGCAGAAAUAGUCACGUGACUUUCAACAGAGGUAUAGUACAAACAAAGGAUUCAGUAAAGGCUGCUACAUUUUUCAUUAGAUUACUGUUAUCAAUGAUUAAAACUAUUCCUGUCUGGACCACUUAAUGUGUAUGAUGUAAUUGGUAUUUUAUAAUAAAAUCUAUUAUCGUGUCACAGUGAAACACGAUUUAAAUGGGAUAGACUCACUAGUUUGACACCAUAUUCAUGUAACAGUUCGGACCCGAAACUUUAUUAGGUAUCUUUUAAAUAUAUAUAGUUCAGCAGCUGUUACAACUUAAUUUUAAAGUAUUUCAUGUUGUCUUUUUGUUUUGGCUGAACCAGCUGAUGCCUGAACAAGUUGGAUGACGGAAGCUAAAUAAGCGACACCCCUGUGAGGUCUUUUGUAUAUAAAAAUAAUAAACAAAAGAAUACCUGCAGAAUGGAUGAAUCAUUUGAUCCACUCAAGUGUAAUGAGGACCUUCCUUCCUCACCAGGGUGCCACAUGGAAUACGAUGACAUGCCUGAGCUGCAGGAGGUGGAGGAGGAUCAGAGGUCUCAGGGGUUAUUUCAGGUUGGAGCUGUGUCUCACCAGGAGCUCAGCUGCUCGCCUAACACCAACUGGCUCACUGAGUUAGCUAACAUCGCCACCAGUCCUCAGAGUCCUCUGCUCAAGGAUGCUCCCCACAUGAGGUCAUCUCCUGUUCACAUCUUUGGAAGCAGCAAUAGUUUACAUUCCUAUGCUCGGCCCCCGUUAGCCAGCAGCGCACCCAACCCUUCCAGAGGCCACUUCAGGGAGCGCAGGCGUGUCAGGGCCAGCAGUGAGUCAGAGUCCGGGGUUUUCUCCAUGUCCUCGUCAUUUUCUGAUGAUGAAGACAUGGCAUGGUCUCAUUCCUGGCCCUCCACAACCUGGCACUGCUUCCUCAAAGGAACUCGCCUGCGCUUCCAUCGAGGUCCUAAUGUGGAAUGGCAGGAAGCUGAUGAACUGGGGGAUUCAGAUGAUGACUCGGAUGAUGAAGCCAUGAUGCAAUCCUCAUUUUCUCUCAAGAGAUAUGGUUCAGAUGGACUUCAACUGGUCAACCAUGAAGAAACAAUCUCUUUUGGCCAGGCAGUUCUUAAACUGACCUUUGACCCUGGCUCACCAGAUAAUGGACUUCUAACAGCUGAAUGCCGAUUGGAUCACCCAUUUUUUGUCAAAAACAAAGGGUGGUCAUCCUUUUAUCCAAGCCUUACCGUGGUGCACCAUGGGAUUCCAUGCUAUGAGAUGCAGCUGGGAGAUGUAUGUCUGCCACCAAACCACCCAGAUGCUAUUAACUGUGACGACUCCGUUGUUUUUGACACUUUCAGAAGCUACGACUUCACCCCGCUAGAUUCCUCUGCAGUGUACGUUCUCAGCAGCAUGGCUCGUCAGCGCAGGGCUUCUCUGUCCAGCGGGGGUGCUGUCAGUCCAGACUGUGAUAAACUGGAGCGGUCCUCCUCCCCACAAUCCUCCAGUAGCAAGUCACACAGGAGCCACUACUCAGGGACUGCCAGUGGUGCCACUCCUACAAAAUGCAAGCGGCCAAUGAAUGCCUUCAUGCUCUUUGCCAAGAAAUACCGUGUGGAGUACACACAGAUGUAUCCAGGGAAGGACAACAGAGCCAUUAGUGUCAUCCUUGGUGAUAAGUGGAAGAAGAUGAAGAGUGAAGAGAGGAGGAUGUACACCAUGGAAGCCAAGGCUUUGGCCGAGGAGCAGAAAAGACUCAAUCCCGACUGCUGGAAACGUAAACGAACCAACUCGGGUUCCCAGCAGACCUAGAAGAUCCCCCAGAAUCCUCAUCUGCUGGUGUUUUUACACAGAGGUGCUGAAUUUUCUGGACCGCUCUGCGUCUUUGCUCUCCUGUAUUGUUGAGAUUUAACUGUGAUGCUGACUUCACUUGCUUUUGUAAUCUUGACACAUUAUAACUACGAAACAGUUAUAAAAUAUAUAUAUGAAAUAUGUAAUCUAGUCAGUAACCGUGCAUAUAUUUUCUUACAUCCUUUGUUUCAGCAACAUCUUAUUCCCUUCAAAGAAAAUGUGUGAAACUUGUAUUUCAGGUCAUUUCUUAUUCAGUGGCGGGCAAAAACAAAACCAAGAUGCUUUAAAAGAGAAAUAGGGAAAGCAUCUAUUUGUAACUAUGAAAGAACAUUUUUAGAGAACUUUUUUACGACUAUCCAUAUUGAUAUUUUUAAGAUGAAAUAUAUUGGACAGAUUUUUAACCCAUACAGUUUGUACAGUCUCUGAUUAAGUCUAUCCACCCAGUUGGAGGUGUUACAGUACAUUGCAAAAACACUUCAGGUUUUUAAUGUAAGUGGUUAUUUUCUUCUGCACUUUAUAAAAAAUAAUGUAACCGGGUCCCAUACAACUAUUGUAUACUAGUUAAACUAACCCCAUUUUCAGGUUGGCAUGUCUUUUAAGUGCUUUUGUUCAUAAUGUACAGGUCUCAAUGCACCAACAACCCCUUGCACAAAAUUAUCGUUGUAUGAUAUUAUAAAUAAUUUUUUAAACUUUG